CUUCCUGCAGCUCAGCAAGCUUGCCGGGAUUGCUCUGGCGCGUGGAAAGCUCCCUCUUUAAUGGCUCUGGACCCCGAGGCGCUCAUUAUCCUUUUGCGCGACAAUCGUUUUCUUCCUUUGAUUAUUGGUCUUUUGAACAUUCUGCUCGGAAGCUUCGGCGACUCUAGGAUAAGCGACAAAGGGCUUGCUGUUCGUGAAACUCGAAGCUGACUGCACUCAUACCACGAACGCUCUGCAAUUGGGCUGUUGGGUGACAAACUAUCAACUCACCAUUCUCUUCCCUCGAUCUCUCACCUUGUCUUCUUUUUCUGUUCGAAUCGGCUUCUUCUCACGAUAAUACUCACGGAAUCUACGCCGCCGAGGAGACGCGACAUCCCGCGAGACCAUGUCUUCCCAAUAUUAUCCCCCUCCUCCAUCGGGAGCCCAGCAAAACUACCCGCCGCCGCCGCAAUCACCUCCCGCGAACCAGACCAAGUUCUCGUACCCUGCUCCUCCCUCACAACCUCAGCGCAGCCAUAGCGGGAGCUAUCCUCCGCCGCCUCAGCCUUCGCAAGGGCAGUCGCAGAACUACCCUCCUCCACCGCAAGCUGCCGGGCAACACAGCAACAACUACCCUCCUCCUCCCCAGUCAAGCACACCCCAUAACUAUCCGCCUCCCCCUCAGUCGCCAGGACAUGGCGCGAGCUACCCUCCUCCUUCGCAGGCAUCACCGCGUCAGGGGAGCACCUACCCGCCUCCUCCCCAAGGAACCACGACGCCCUCGCAGAACCAGGCGCAAUACCCGCCACCUCCCGGCCUUUCUCAGCAGCAGCAGCAGUAUCAAGCACCUCCUCAGCAGUCGCCGCAGCCCUCCCCUCAGCACCAGCAACAGCACCAACAGACGCAGCUUCCCCUACGACAAGCAGGCACCCCCGAUUCGCAGCCUCAAUUCUCCCCUCCGCCUCCCGCCUUCGACGGACCGCCCGAGGCCUCCAGCCUGCCAGAGAAGCAGUACGUGGAGGAAGCACCAGUCGAUACGAGCAACCCGUCCAACCUCGUGGGCGGCGCGCCCCCGCCUCAGCACUUUAUCGGCGCCACCGCGACCGUCGACGAUGUCGGGACCUUUAACGGAGGCAGCUACCGCAUCAGCCACCGCGACAGCAAUACCAUUCUGACCGUCCAGCUGGCGAUGGGCUGCCCGCUGCAGGCGAAGCCCGGCGUCAUGGUGGCCAUGUCGCAUUCCAUCACACUCAGGGGCCAGAUCAAGUUUAGCAUGAAGAAGCUUGUGGCUGGCGCUGAGCUGGCGAGCUCGACUUAUGUUGGACCCGGCGAGCUUCUUCUGGCGCCUCCUAUGCUUGGUGAUGUUACUAGUCUGCGUCUUACGGGCAAGGAGACGUGGUCGGUUGGGCAGGAUGCCUGGCUGGCUUCGACGCAGGGUGUCAUUAAGGACUACAAGCGCCAAGGCCUCAGCAAGGCUAUUUUCAGUGGCGAGGGCUUGUAUGUGUACAAGAUUAGCGGUACUGGUCUGCUCUGGCUGACUAGUUUCGGUGCCAUUAUCCGCAAAGAUCUCAUGGAAGGCGAAAAGUAUGUGGUCGAUAACGGCCACUUAGUGGCAUGGAACGUGAAAUACAUCAUGGAACGAGUCGCCUCCGGCGGUAUCAUCUCUGGCCUUUCCUCAGGCGAAGGUCUGGUGUGUAAAUUUACCGGCCCAGGGACCGUCUUCAUGCAGACGAGGAAUGCGAAACAUUUUAGUGCCUACUUGUCUGGACAAGCAACCCAAGGCAUGUAAUGCGAUGGACCCUCUUUUGGCUUUGGCUGCAGUCCUGCUUGCAUACUUUACGCUACCUUGGUUUAUCAUAAGAUGGCAAUUUUCCUGAAUUUUCUACGACAUAUAGCGUGUUCAAAUUGAUAUCCUCUCUUCUUGACGCAUG